UGUGUGAGCCGAGUGUGUGAGCUGCGGCAGCAACGAUGCCUUCAGUUCAGUAUCUGAGAGAGUUCAUCAACGAGCGACUAACUGCUGCUGCUGAACAAAUAUUCUUGGAGUUUGAAAAAACGAUCGUCCAGUACGAGGAAGAGAUCGACCGUCAGCGCAGACUGCUGGAUAUCACCUGGAAACCCCAAAUCAAGCUGCACAGGACAGGUGAGUGUCCCUCUGAGGGAGGACAGGAGGAACCAGAAGCUCCACAGAUUAAAGAGGAACAGGAGGAACUGUGCAGCAGUCAGGAGGGAGAGCAGCUGGGACUGAAGGAGGAGACGGAUACCUUUAUGGUGACUGAAACUUAUGAGGAAAGUGACCACAGUGAACCAGAAGGAGACAGGGAGCAGCUUCUCUUUGAGAGUUCUGUGAACAACAACAGCAGAGAUCAGCGAGCAGAACAUUAUAAAGAAGCAAGAUCAACUAAAACCGUAGAGUCAGAGUCAAAAAAGAAGCAUCGGAAUAACAAUGCAGACAGCUCAGUUAUGUCAGAGAGCGAGAGUAACACAGGUACAGGUGUGAAGUCUGUAAAAUGUUACGUUUGUGAAAAAACUUUCAAGAAAAAAUCUCAGAUGCAGAUACAUUACAGAACGCACACAGGCGAGAAGCCGUAUUCAUGCAAAACAUGUGGGAAACGAUUCAGCCAAAACUGCCAUUUAUCUGUUCACAUGAAGAUCCACAAAGGGGAGAAACCGUUCCCCUGCAAUGUAUGUGAAAAAACCUUCCGAGACACACUAACACUGAAAUAUCACAUGAGGGUUCACACGGGCGAGAAGCCGUACUCAUGCACAAUUAGUGGGAAAGGUUUCUGUCAAAGUAAUAACUUAAACAUCCACAUGAGAACACACACGGGCGAGAGACCUUACCCCUGUCAAAUCUGUGAGAAAAGAUUCAUUGACUCCUCCACACUUAAAAGACACAUCAGAACUCAUACUGGUGAGAAGCCGUAUGUUUGCAAAACAUGUGGGAAAAGCUUCAUUCAGAAAAAUAUUCUGUCUGUCCACAUGAGGAUCCACACAGGCGAGAAAACACAUCCCUGUGAGCUCUGCGGAAAAAGCUUCCGGUCUCGUGAACUCUUGUUAGUCCACGUAAGAACACACUCAAAGUAGUAUUUCUGUGAGACUUGUGGGAAAAGUUUCAGUGAUCGUGGUAUUUUUACUGCCCACAUGAGAGGGCACUCAGGUGAGACGCUGUAG